AUGGAGGAGAGGGAGUCACUGAAGGACUCACUUCGGACGACGCACACCAACAGCGGUCAUCGUGUUUGGGCACAACACGCAAGCCGUCCCCGGCUCAUCUGGCAACCAUAGCUCGCCUGGCCACUUUCCGCGGACAACCUUGAAGAUGAACUUGUGGAUUAUGCCUUGAAGACGAAAGCGCCAACAAGUCUUGUAUUCAAUUUGUCCAUUGCGUCGCUCCUCUCUCUCUCUCUGUUGCUGCGGCCGCCAACCCCUCCUCCCAUCCGUCCGGGAUUGCAGCCCCGUUACAAUUACCAGUACCAAGAAGAAGAAGACUACUCCCACCUGUUGCGACUUGUCUUCCCGCCUGGACGAGGACACCUCACUCUUGUGAUGCUCUGGCAACAAUUUAAUUUCCAAUCCUGUUACCGUGAUCUCCCAGUCCGGCGCACACGUCGGCAUUCCAUCCACCCACUCACCCGCUGGCCCGAUAGGCCGGGUUGUAAUUGUAGCCCCGACACGAUCGUCUCCAUUACAGCCCGCACUUGUGGCUCCGAUCCGGCCCACUAUUGUCUCCUUUCCCUCAGAGCUGUACCUCAUCAAAUCGUCGUCGUCAUCGUCGUCGUCGUUGUCGUCGUCUUCCCUCUCACGGGUCUGGUUGACCGAGUUGACCGGCUAUCGGCAUGGAUUCCACCUUCGCCUGGUGCUAUGGCCAAGUCUUUUGGUGGUAUCAUGCCCAAAAUAAAGGGGUUCGACGAUAUCGCAAGGAAGAGGGAGCAGGGGGUAGAAGCAGAUGGCCCACAAAUCUGA